AUGGCUGACAGGAAUAUCACUGAGAUAAUGGAGUUUGUUCUCUUGGGCUUCACAGAAAGCCCUCACCUACAGCGUGCCCUAUUUGUGCCCUUCUUCCUGAUAUAUCUGAUAACUGUGGUGGGUAAUCUAUGGCUUAUUGUAUUAAUUGGCUCCAGUCCCCAAUUGCAGUCUCCCAAAUAUUUUUUCCUCAGCCACUUGGCCUUCUUGGAUUUCUGUUAUUCUUCUGUCUGCAUCCCUAAGUUGCUUGUGAAUCUCUUAACUGAGAGAAAAGUCAUCUCCUACACUGGCUGCAUCCUUCAGUUUGCCCUCUUCAGCAUGUUCCUGACAACCGAAUGUUUUCUUCUGGCAGCAAUGGCUUAUGACCGGUACAUGGCCAUAUGCAAACCCCUUUGCUACCAAGUCACUAUGACAACCGGCCUCUGCUUGCGCCUGGUAGCUGGCUCCUAUUUGUUUGGCUGUGUAACCUCACUCACCCACAUGGGAAGCUUGCUCAGUUUGUCUUUUUGUGGCCCUAAUAUUAUUAAUCAUUACUUCUGUGAUAUUCCAGUGCUCAUUCAUCUGGCCUGCUCUGAUGUUCAAAGGAAUGAGAUUUUGCUCCUAAUCUUCUCUGGUAUAAUAUCAAUAACUACCUUUCUAAUAGUUAUUAGUUCCUACUUCAGUAUCUUACUCACUAUUCUGAAGAUCCCUUGUCCCCAAGGUAGAUAUAAAACUUUCUCCACAUGUGCCUCUCACUUGACAGUGGUCACUCUAUUCUAUGCAACAGUGAUCUUUACUUAUUUGUGCUCCAGUUAUGCCCAUUCAUCAGAUUGGGCCAAAAUCGUGUCUGUGUUUUAUACUUUAUUGUUACCCGUUCUUAAUCUCCUGAUUUAUAGCAUACGAAACAGGGAAGCCAAGGAAGCCCUGCAUAAAAUGAUACAGAGGAAAAUUCUUGCCCAAUGA